AAUAGCAGGGACCGUCUCAGUCGCCAGAGAGCGCUUCGCACGUACGCCACGCGUCUCCGCGCUCCUCGCCGCACCGAACUACUACUACGCAAUCCGUUCAAACGCCGUUCCACGAUCGCCCGGGAAACACGCGCGCUCUCGCCACUCUCGAGGACGCGUUCGACGUGUGCGACGUGUGUAUCUGUCACUGCGGUUGGCGGGAAGUGUCCAUCGUGCAUUAACAACAAAGCAGAGCCUGUAUUUAAAAACUGGAGAAAGUGUUUGUGACGCGCGCUAAGCAUAUUGAAACGUUCGGGCCGUGUGCAAUCGAGUUUUUUCGUUGAAUUCUCAUUGAAAAUUCAUUGGAAAUCUCGUAUUUUCUUGAAUGCACCAGACUACACCAGUGUGCCGAUACGAGCCCAUGAGGAUUCAUAACAGGAUUAGUGAACGUGCUGCUGUUGGCGACGUCGUUAUUCCAAAUUUUCGUAUCGCCUUCCAUCUCCGACGCACACGCAAGUGCGUGCGGCGUUGCCGUAUCUUCUCGGCCGUGCUACUCAUCUCCGCGUAGAGAUUCCACGCGGGCAGCGCGGCCUCGUAAGUCGAAUGUUUUCUGUGAGAGAGAAUAGUUAGGCGGUGUGUUUUCGAAAUAUAUUGAUACUGGAAUGAACAUACGAGUGUGCUGUAAGUGCAGGAGGAACAGUUUGUUUUCGAACUAACUUAACCGCGCUAUCUUCUAGUCUAGUGUGCGUACGCACAGUGCGUGCAACGUUGCCAGUUCCACAACUCGUUUGAGUCGCGCUCCGAAAAUAUUUCGUUGAGACUUUUGACUGUGUGCUCAACUACGGCCGACUACUUUCUCAUCCACGAUCCAGGAGACUGGCUGGCACAAUCCUGAAAUUCUACGGACGCUAGGAGGUGUUCCUAUCUCAACUUUACUGUGUCGAGCCAAGUAUCCCGCGAAACGGCGCGACCUCGUGCUCGCCGACAUUUUCGAAUAGUGUAAUAAGCUGCGCAGAGAUACGGCGCAGUAGUUUUCACUCGUUCCAAGCCGCGGGCUUAUACUGAGAACUCGAACAUCUUUUGACCAGAACCGUACACUGGAUCACAAGAAUUGAGGUAGCUGCUGAAGCUACUGAUAUUUUCUUGGCAUCAUCACCUAAAGCUUGAAUCAAUUACGUAAUACCCAUAGGACGCAGUUGAGAAUUAAGAAGAUAUAUACCUUCCUGAUGAACAGGUUUCUGUACAAGGAUAUUGUUCAGAAUCGCAUUAAGUUCGUCUGAGCUACUACAGGCAGAAGUGCGCACCAGGGGGUGUCUGUGAUUUCUGUGAGGGCGAGGAAGAGACUUGGUGAACGCGAGGCCAGAACGCCGUCGACGAGGAAGAGGCGUACUCUAGCCAGGCGUCGAAAUAUGAGCGCGAGGGUGCUGAAUCCGGCGAUGAUGACGGAAAUGAGUCGCAACCUGGGGGGUGCUCGUGCCGUGCCAAGCCAGGCUGCCGUGGCACGUAUCCGCAGGGACCUAUUUGGGCCCGUUGACCAUGCCGCUGCCAAAGCUUUGGCGGAGAGGGAGCUCAAGGCUCAAUCUCGGCUGGAUGCUGAUAAGUGGGGUUUUGAUUUUCAUCUGGAACUGCCCAGGAGCAAUUCCCAAUAUACAUGGGAGAUAGUAACAUCCCAGGACGUAGUCCCGGAACCAUACGCGUUGCGCGGCAUGCCUUACCUAAGGAAACAUGCACCGGGUACACCAAGGAAAUCCUCGAGUGUAUCUCCGAGGCUACGCCGUGCGGAUACUGCACUCUCUGUCAGCGGUAACACCUCGAGGAAGUCUGAGAGGACUCCACCCCAGGAGCCAAGGGUUCCUGAGAUUGGUGCACGUACCAUUGAAACCACCCCAGAAGAUCCUGUCCUGUCUGAGAGCAACGAGAAGAAGUCUUGUGUCCCGGAGGAACCUACCACGCCGAUAUUACCGGUAUCAGCUAGAAAACAGUCCUCUAUUACCGACUACAUGAAGAGCCGCAAGCGUGCGCUAAACGGCUCAGCGAAGAGCAUGGCGGUGGAGCCUCCUGAGAAGAUUUCACGUAACGCAGGCCAGAUACGCAGCUAAGGGGCCCCGUUUCUCUUCGUCGCGUGCACAUACAUAUAUGCAUAUUUUACUAAUAUGUCGGAAUCGGAGAAGGAGAAAAAAAGGAGGAAAGAAAAACACAGUGCGAAAGGGGGAAGAGAUACGCACAGAGACACAACAGAGUAACAAAGAAAUACGCUAGUACGAUGUGUUGUUUGUUUUUAGUGGUCCCCAGAUACGCGCCUCAUUAUACAUAUAUAUAUUUGUUUGUUUUUUUUUUUUUUUUUUUUUUUUUUUUUUUUUUUUCUUUCUUUCUCCCUUCUUAUCCCUACCACGGGAAGGGUACGGGACCUUUUGUUAUUGUGUUAAUAAGUGCGAGGUCCUUUGGCUGUGCCAUUUCAUGUAGAUUUCUUUUUAUCCGCCUGUGGUGUUUGUUUGAGCGCGCGCGCGCACGAGAGGACGCCGUUUACGAAAUUACGUCAGAAAAGGUAGCGAACGAGGAGAGACCCCGUGGCGACUGUGUUUUCGGACGCGCGGCCAUCUUGAAGCUAUCGGCGCAUGCGCACUCGCCAUGAAAAUUCAUCCCACCCCACUCGACGCUGACUUUCUACGUAUAUAUAGAGACAGACAGUCACCAUACCAUUCGUCCAUCCAGACGGCUCACUAUACUUCAUCUUCCCUAUUCGUACGAGUGGUACCUACUCCUUUAUUCUCCUUCUUCAUCUUUUUCCUCGUCGUGAAGCUGCUACGUGCCGUUUGCGCGUGCGCCAUGUUUCGAACGCGCGACUUAUUUACAUUUGACGCGUGCAGUGCUAGACGAGAGAGAUAAUCCCAGUUGUCAAAUUUUCAUUUAGGAUAAACGUUUCUUUGUCUUAGGCUAAAGAAAUUAGCGUAGAUAAGUUGUCCAAAAUUUAUUGUAAUAUAUUAUUCGUUUGUUUUCUUAACAGUCACACUGUAAACACGAUCAACACCAAAACAAUGCAUAUUGUGUUGUAAGGUGUACGGACUUUGUUAUGUGUAUUCACGCGCAUGCGCGAAAACCAACCUCCUUACUUAGUUAUCGUCUAGCGCACAACUACACAUGCUCGCAAUCCGUACGCCUUACAACUCACUGUUAUCACAUUUCAUCGGACACAUUGAACACUGAGCACACAAAAUUACAGGUUAGUUUUAAGUAACUGAUUUAGGUUAAGGAAGAGUUUAUGUAUUUCUAUGUAUCUAUUGGUCUUUGGACCGUUGAGAUUGGUCGCGCACGAUCAUGAUUUCUUAUUAUUGAUACAAGUUUAAUGAUACAAGCCAUCCUCUAGGUAUCUAUCAAUGUAUUUCUUUACACAUACGACGAUUCGUCCAUUCGUUCAAUGUCUGACGUGCAUUCACGUUGGAAAGAGGACACCCAAGAGGAUGGCUCGUGCUAUUAUCGAAAGGUUGCCGGAUCCGACGAUCGUCUCGUACGCCGAGGUUCGUGAGUUUUAUCGUGCAUCGCUUCGACGGAAGCUGGAUCUCGAGCCUCCAGUCUGCGUCGAAGCUCAGUGAGUCACGCGGUAGACACGUCUGAACACGUUUUAGUACGCGUUUCGUCACGUUCACUUAUCCGUACAGUUUCUGCACCUACAAGGAGAAUCAGCGUCGCGGUUACGAUGACAAAAUAAUUAUAGAAAAAUCGUCAAUAAUUCGAGUGUCUGUUCUUAUUAUCCCUUUUGUGAAUUUACAUUUCAAAAUGGUACCCGAGGUUGUACCAACGCACUCUAACAGGUGACGUUCAGGUCGGAGACGGUUUUUAACCUGUAACUUCGGGUUUGUUCGUGGAACAGGAUCAUUUUUGAAAUUUGAUAUUCCAUUAGAUUUUAUUGGGACGAAUAAGUGAAAACAAAGACUCGGCAUUUAACACGCGACUUUUUCAAGAUUCUUUUGGAGUAAAAAUCAAAAUUUACCCGCUAUGCGCGCGUUUUUGGAACUCUUUUUUUUUUUAGAAUUUUUUUUUAUAUAUUCAUACCUUACUCGAAACUCACAAGCCUCGCUGACCAUUGUCACACGAUUGUUGGUAUCCGUGCACGUAACCGGGAUGGAAAUCAGUUCCGAGAGCAAAUGAGAUGUGAAGUAGGUAUAGUUCGUUACCCAAGAGUUUAAGCAUUGAUCUCCUGUACGACAUUGUGAAAGUACAGCCGAUGCCAAAUCAUCAUCCCUUGAUUUUUCUUUUAUUUCUUUCGUACUCUCUACUCUUCUAAUACGUUUCAGCCACUACUUCUUCGUACCUUUUUUUUUUUUUUUUUAAUUAAUGAAACCUUUCACCGUCCUUCGCCUUUAAAGUGUCCUUUAACGAUAGACCGUAAUUAUCCUGCGAGACUAUGGAAUUUUACGUUUAACCGCGAAGGGGAGGGGAGGCACUCGAAACAAAUUCGAGUAUUUUUUCUUCCGCAGUUCGAUAUAAUCGUUCUUAAGGGAAAAAGAAAAGAAAAAAAUGAAAAUAUACCUACACACUGUCAGUCUUCUAUUCCUGUUUUUAAUCCCAAUUCUAUACCUUAAUUACCUAUCUUUGAUUACGCGUUCAGGGUGAUUGGUCGGAUCGCUCUAAUAAAAUAAAUUUAAAAAAUCGAACUCCCUUCGUUUGGCGGUUGCUUCUAAGAAAUCAUUUAUUCGGCACAGCGCGAAUUUUCGAAACACGAAAACCGAGCGAAGCUCUCUUGCUUCUCGUGACUUUCAGCCGUCGCAUCGCUUUCAUACGCGUACGCACUUUCGUGAUCGAAUUCGCUCGCCCAAUGGACGAGUGCUGAAAUAUUUUGAUCCACGUUAAACAAGUGUUUCCCCGACUACUGUAUAAAAGAAAUGUCUUGACGUUACGUCGACGUCGUGUAAACGUUUGCCAUGAGAUAUAGCGCAGUGGCUACAAAGGCUGCAAUUUCGAACGGUCAUGCGACCAAGGACUGGUGAUGAAUUAUCUCUUUUUUUUUUUAUUUUAAAAAAUAUUUUGUGUUUUGCGCGAAAGGACGAGAUAAGCUGACGACCGAUAACAGUGAAAAGUAAAUAAAGUCCGGCAAAUAAAAAGAAAUGGAAUUUGUACAAAUUUUUGAGUCGACCACCUUCAUUUUUUUAUAAAAAUAAAUUUAAAUCAUAAAUACGUGUGUCUUGAUGCAGUCUUACGAUUUUAAUGGUAGCUGUUGAUCAUUUUCUUUUAUUUUUUUGUAUAUCCCGUUUUUAUGCAGCUUCUAAUAUAUUGUCAUAUUGUUUCUUUCUAUGAUUCUUGGUCUUUUUUUUUUAGAUUAUAACCCAAAAAUACGACUGGUGGUUACAGAGCUAUCCUUUAAGCGAUCUCGCGUGACGCGGAGUGUCAAAAUUCGGAUCGAUCGUCGAAUCUCAAAAUCAAAAGAGCAGAAAGAGGAAAAAAUAGAAAAUGAAAGCACUGCGGAAAGUCAAAGAAGUCUAUAUACCUAAAGCACAGAAAGAGUUCAAAUUCUUAAUAGUAAUAACGAUAACGAUUCCUCGAUAAAGUUAAUUUGUUUAUGGCGAUUCUCCGAAGCGAAGAGAAGAAGAAAAAAAGAAACAAUAGAUAAAAUCAUGUAAACAUGCAGAGAAACGCGCGACAACGUUAUACGUAGAUACAACCGUGUACAACGUGAAUAGAAAAUUGUAUGUUCUCUCACGACGCUCAAGUCGCGACCGUAGUAUAAAAUUGUGACGACGCGACGGACGUCGGACACUUUUACCCGCCGCGACCCGUUACAAGGAGCAAGAAAAAGUUAUGUGCGAAGUCGAAAACGAGAAAGAGGAAAAAAAAUAUAGCAAAAACUUACGUUCUAUGUAACCCUGUGAUGUAUUAGUAUGAUCUCAGUAAACAUAACUUAGCCUGUACUUUUUAACGUAUAAUUAGACUUAGACCAAUCGUAACGUAUUGUACGGACCCUUGGAGUAAAUGUGUGCGCGCGCGUGAAUGCGUGUGUUAUUAUGCGUACGUAAGGUAAUAAAGGCGUGAGAGAGACGCGUUACAGAGUAAGCGUACGGUAAGGGUAACAAUGCGUGCGAGCAAGUGAAAGGAGACGAUUGUUGUCGACUGUGAGAAAAGAAAAAAGGAAAUGAGAAAAAAAAAAAGCGGAAAAACAAACACCCAGUGAAUU